CUAAUAACCCCAUCAUUUUCCUCUCGCCUUCUAGGUCUACAUGUUCAAGUAUGACUCCACCCAUGGCCGUCACAAUGGUGAGGUCUCCCACGAGGAUGGCAAGCUCAUCGUCGAUGGAAACGCCAUCUCCGUCUUCCAGUCUAUGAAGCCAGCAGAGAUCCCCUGGGGCAGCGCCGGAGCCAAGUAUGUCGUGGAGUCCACCGGAGUCUUCCUCAGUGUGGAGAAGGCCUCUUCUCACCUCCAGGGUGGAGCUCAGCGUGUUGUUGUGUCCGCCCCCUCACCUGAUGCUCCAAUGUUUGUCAUGGGAGUUAAUGAGGACAAAUAUGACCCCUCCUCCAUGACCAUCGUCAGUAAUGCCUCCUGCACCACCAACUGCCUGGCCCCCCUGGCCAAAGUCAUCCAUGAUAGCUUUGGCAUCGAGGAGGCUCUUAUGACUACAGUCCAUGCAUACACAGCCACUCAGAAGACAGUGGAUGGUCCUAGUGCUAAGGCAUGGCGUGAUGGCCGUGGUGCCCACCAGAACAUCAUUCCAGCCUCCACUGGUGCCGCCAAGGCAGUGGGCAAAGUCAUCCCUGAACUCAACGGUAAGCUGACAGGCAUGGCGUUCAGGGUGCCAGUGGCUGAUGUGUCAGUGGUCGACCUGACAUGCCGCCUGUCCAAGUCCGCAUCUUACUCUGAGAUUAAGGAAGCUGUCAAGAAGGCCGCACAUGGGCCCAUGAAGGGAGUGCUGGGUUACACCGAGGACCAGGUGGUUUCCUCCGACUUCAUUGGUGACACCCACUCCUCCAUCUUUGAUGCUGGCGCUGGCAUUGCCCUCAACGACAACUUUGUCAAGCUCAUUUCCUGGUAUGACAACGAGUUUGGCUACAGCCACCGUGUCGCUGACCUGCUGUUGUACAUGCACUCCAAGGAGUAGCCACUUCCUUUUGAGAAAGGAAGUCAGGAAAGGGACCACCCCCAACCAUCCAUGCCCUCUCUUCUCUUUUACACACAAGCCCCACCCAUAGCCAAGUCCUUGCAUCACAGCCUUUAGCUCUACUACAGCAUAUGUAGGCAGCAGCAACAGCGUGUUUGAGUGUUUGGUUUGUUUUUCCUUUAUUGACGAGACGAUUGGUCAGUGACAGUAUUUGUGUCUGUGUGCCCCCCUCUCCACCUCCCUCUGCCACAUUAGAUGUGUCGUAAUGGCUCAUUGCUAUGGUAACUACUGUGUCCAUCACCCUGUUGUUGUGUUUUAAAGGUUAAAUCAGCAGUGGAAGGAGGAAGCUGAGAGGUAGAGCUACUGUAACUCCACUAAAGAGUAAUGAGACAAAGAAAUAAAACUUGAAAACCUCAA